GUAAUUGUGCUUUACUUUUUGAAUAAUACUAGGACAUUUACAUUUUGCGGCUUGUUGAAGAAAAAAUAGAGCGUAGAGAAAGAGAAAGAAGAAACUUUCUUGUUUAUAUACUAUGCCUUUCUAUUCAAAGAGUUCGCCGUUAGACGAAAUUGUCGAAAAAGCAACUUCGGAAAGGAAUGUUACUGAGAAUUGGGGAGAAAUAAUGAAUGUAUGCGACAGAGUCUCACGUUCUUCCUCUGGGCCUAAAGAUGGUUUGAAUUCCAUUUUGAAAAGAGUUGACAAUCAUAAUCCAAAAGUGUCUUUACAAGCACUUACGCUUCUUGAUGCUUGUGUCAACAACUGUGGAAAACAGUUUUAUAUUGAAGUAUGUUCAAGAGACUUUGUUGGCGAAGUGAGAAAUCUCCUGAGAAAGAUCCACCGAUUGGCAGCAUUGAAAUUGAAAGGCAUGAUUAAGGAAUGGGUAAAAAUGUUCAAGAAUGACCCACAGUUAAGUUUGAUUCCAACAUUAUAUGAAGAAUUGAAAAGAGAGAAAGAGGAAUUUCCUCAAAAUCUAGCUGCCAACAUUACUUUAUCAUCCCUGCCAGCAAAGGAAACUGCCACAUCAGCAGAAGAGCAUGACUUAGCUUUAGCCAUUCAAAUGUCUUUGAAUGAAGCCAACUCAAGUCAGUCAAAAACUCCAAGUUUAUAUCCAUCAGUUCAAGCUGCUUCUCAAUCGACUAAUUCAAUGCCUGUGCAAAAAGUGCGAGCAUUGUAUGAAUUUAAUGCAGAAGAGGAUAACGAAGUAAGCUUCAAAAGUGGCGAUGUUAUUAUAGUCACAGAUAACAGUGAUGCAAACUGGUGGAAAGGCGAAGUCAAUGGAAGAUCUGGAUUGUUCCCAGCAAAUUUCGUCACAACUAACAUGACACCAGAUCCAAAGCAAGUUAAGAAAAAGAUGAAAAAUAAGCGAAAAGUUAGCUUUUCUGCUGAAAAAGAUUCAGUCAAAAGAUUUGAUGCAUCUGCAUCGAUUACCCAACCAGUUGCAAUUAAUGAAGAGAAAAUAGAGCAAUGCUUAGUGAUGUUGAAGAACGCUAAUGUUGAAGAAGAGGACGAUGACGAGGAUACAUUAAUAGAAUUGGAAGAAACAUGUAGAAAGAUGGCCCCACUUAUCGCUGAUAAAAUUCAAGUGAUACAAAAAAAACACGAUGAUUUAACGGAUUUAAAUGAUAGUUUCCUGCAGGCCAUGAGCAAAUAUCAAAACAUGUCGAAUGAACCUCUUCCUGUGCGUCAGUCGUUUUCCAAUGUUGCUUCAAUACCACAAAAUAAUCAUUAUACACAACAAGUCGUGAACAAUCCCGCCUUGCUUAAAUCUUACAUGACUGGGCACCCAUCAGCGAGCUAUAGCCCCGGACCUUCACAUCCCGGACUUACACAGAUUGUAGCAGAUGGCAUGAAUGCAACAUACUCGAAUCCAGGUCAGUAUGUUCCACAGGUGCAGCUGAAUGCUCCUCACAAGCCAUCUGUUCCUGGUUCUCAACAAUAUAACUAUCCAACGACAAAUCAAGUUUAUGGACAAUAUUAUCAGCCUGAAUUUAUUUAUAAAUAAUAGAUUCGAAUCGCUCUUAAUUGUCGUAACCCAGUGAAAAAUGACGAUUUUGAGAAAUAAACGAGUGAAAAUUUCGACUCUAA